UCAGAUGCUUGUAUGGGAGUAUGGUGGUGAUCAGUACCCCGAUAUGGCAUAUGGGGUGAUCAGGAUCUGGUAUGGGGUAUGGCAGUGAUCAGGACGUUGGCACGGGGUAUGGCGUGAUCAGGACACUGGUAUGGGGUAUGGCGGUGAUCAGGACACUGGUAUGAGGUAUGGCAAUGAUCAAGACGCUGGUAUGGGAUAUAGCAGUGAUCAGGACACUGGUAUUGGGUACGGCAGUGAUCAAGACGCUGGUAUGGGGUAUGGCUGUGAUCAGGACACUUUUAUUGGAUACAGCGGUGAUCAGGACAUUGGUAUUGGGUAUGACUGUGAUCAGGACGCUGGUAUGAGGUAUGGCGGGGAUCAGGAAACUGGUAUGGCAUAUGGGGUGAUCAGAAUGCUGGUAUGGGUUAUGGCGGUGAUCAAGACACUGGUAUGGCAUAUGGGGUGAUCAGAACGCUGGUAUGGGGUAUGACAAUGAUCAGGAUGCUGGUAUGGGGUAUGGCGGUGAUCAUUACACUGGAUUGGGUGUGGCGGUGAUCAGGACACUGGUAUGGGGGGGUGAU